AUGCAUGAAAUCAUCACCCUCCAGCUGGGCCAGCUGAGCAACUAUGCGGCAACCCAUUUCUGGAACACUCAGGAAUCCUACUUCACGUACUCGGACCAGGACGAGUCCCCGGUAAACCACAACGUUCACUGGCGCCCAGGCGUGGCACUCGAUGGCUCCGAGACAUUCCUCCCGCGUACCGUCGUGUACGACCUCAAGGGUGGUUUCGGAUCGCUUCGGAAAAUCAACGCCUUGUACGAUGCAAGCCAGGAAGGGGCACCUGCUCAUCUGUGGGAAGGAUCCCCUCAAGUCCAUAAACAGCCACAGGUCGAAUCGAGUGCCUACCAGCAGAGCCUCGACCUUGGCACCCCCGCGCCCAAGCUCAAGCCGUCUGACGUGCGUUAUUGGUCCGACUUUUCGCGCGUCUUCUACCACCCAAAAUCUCUCAAUCAGCUCUACGACUAUGAGCUUAACUCGUCCAUCAGGCCGUUUGAUAAGUGGGCCCUGGGCAAGGAACUUUUCGACACCUUGGACAAGGAGCAUGACAUCGUCGACCGGGACUUUCGUCCCUUCGUCGAGGAGGCCGACCAGAUGCAGGGCCUUCAGAUCGUGACGACCAUCGACGACGCUUGGGGUGGCUUCGCGACUGAGUACGUCGAACGUCUGCGGGACGAGUACGGCAAAAUCACGAUCUGGGUCUGGGGCCUGCAGACUCCUGUGCCUGCGACACGAAUUGACCAGAGACGUCUCCAGAUGGCCAACACGGCAAGGACUGUCAAAGACUUGUGUGAACAUGCCUCCAUGUUGGUUCCCAUGGCCCUCCCACAGACCCGCCUGUGCUCCAAUAUCAACAUGGACCUACAGUCCCCCUGGCACGCCACUGCUCUGCUGAGCACUGCCAUGGAGACCGCAGGCCUUCCUUCUCGACUCAACUCCGGCAGCACCGGUAGUGGUCUGCAAGCAACGCUGAGCGACCUGGUUAGCGGCUUGAAUCUGCGCGGACGACAGACCAUGAGCCGCCUGCAGAUGAGCAUCGUGGACUCCUCCUCGGAAUCGGACUUGGACGCCCGCGUACCGGACGAGGAGGAGAAGGAGGACGUCAAGCUGGACACUGACUUGUUUGAUAUCCUGCGAGCGAAGACAUCGACAGGAAGACGGAACACGAAAAGCGGCAGAGGCACACCCCACCUCUUCGGCCAAACGAUAACUAGCCGCGGUACGCCGCAAGACUUGGAUGACGUGGACCAAGGCAGACAACGGCCAAGAGCCGCACUCGUGGAGACCAGUACUCAAAGAUAUCACACGAAUAAAGGUUUUCCCAUGCUCGACAGCUUCCCCGAAAUUUACCUCGACAGCGGCGGUGAGCCUUCCACGGCCUUCGGCGUCAAAACUAGUCUUUCCACGGACACGUCUGUAUCAGCAGCCCUGAAAGCCUUGCGUACCACCGUUUCAUCUUCCAUGGGUGUCGAAGACCGAGAAGAUAUUAGCAAUGAGUUGGCUGAUCUCGCCGAGGCAUACCGAGAAGGUUGGUCGAGUGGUAGCGAUGAUGAUGAUGAUUGA